AUGGAAUCUCAAACUGUUUGUGCUGUUUGUGGAAAGACAGCGACUAAUAGAUGUAGUGCUUGUGAAACUGUGUAUUACUGCAGCAAAGAGCAUCAAAAGAAGGAUUGGAAAAAGCAUACAGAAGUCUGCACACCGUAUAAGUUGGCGGAAGAUUCAAUUUUGGGCCGUCAUUAUGUGGCCACGAGGAAUAUCAAGGUAGGAGAAAUUAUUCUGAAAGAUGAUCAAUCUCUGCUCGCUGGUCCCAUGCACAAUUCCGUACCCGUCUGCCUUGGAUGUUUCACAGCCUUGGAUAAAGAUAUCGCUGUGCCCUGUCCAAAAUGUGGAUGGCCGCUUUGUCGGAAUUGUAAGAAUCAUGGAUUGGAAUGCGAUUUCACUAUUUCUCGAAAGGAUACUAAGGUAUCAAUCACAGCGUUCGGCUUCCCACAUCCAAGUUAUCAGUGCAUAAAUGUUAUAAAAACAUUACAUAUGAAAAAUGUUCGUCCAGAAACUUAUAAAAAAUUGUUGCUACUCGAGAGUCACACCGACCGAAUUAACGAGACGAAAAGUUUCACCUUCGAAGAGUCAUUGAACAUCCUGCGUUUCAUCAGAAGGUUUUUCAAAACGGACGACAUAUCGGACGAGGAAAUUACAAGAAUUGUUGGUAUUCUACAGGUUAAUGGACACGAAGUUCCCAUCACAGAACCACCGUACAUUGCAAUUUACGAAUCGGCGUCCUUGAUCGAACACUCCUGUAAAGCGAAUUGUUCGAAAAGCUUCACUGACGCAGGUGGACUGAUUAUUCAUGCCGCGACGCCUAUUGCAAAAGGAGAUCAUAUUUCCAUCUGCUAUACGGAUGCGUUAUGGGGUACUGUAAAUCGAAGGCACCACCUCUCUCAAACAAAAUUUUUUGAUUGUAUUUGCGAUAGAUGCAAAGAUCCUACAGAGUUCGGCACAAUGUUUAACGCUAUAAAAUGCACUAAAAUGAAUUGCUUCGGUCAUAUGCUACCGAAAACAUUUCUUGAAGAACAGAAGUCCUAUAUAUGCAAAACAUGCGAAUUAAAGAUACCGUAUGAAGAGGUUGAACAAAUUUUAGAGAAGAUCGGCAUAGAUCUCUCGAAGAUGAAGAAAAACGAUAUUGUUUCAUGUAAAGAAUUUUUAGGUCGUCACAAAAAUGUUCUUCAUCCAAAUCAUUUUUAUAACAUCGAUAUAAUUGUCGCCUUGGCUCAAUUAAUCGGCCAACAAAACGGAGGAUUGCCAUCGAUCAGUGAAGAUCUUCUUGUCGAGAAAAUUGAACUGUGCAAAAAGCUCGAUCUUGUACUCAAAAUGCUCGCACCUGCUGAAAAUCGAAUCCGAGGGUUAAUUCUUUUCGAGAUACACGCAGCCCUUGCAGAUUUUAGUAGAAGAAACGCACACGAAGACACUUUAGUACUAUUGAAGGAAUCAAAGAAGUGUUUAAUUGAGUCCUAUCAAUUGUUAAGAUAUGAACCGAAAGUCCUUCCUGAAGGGAAAAUAGCAGAGCAAGCUAAGCUAAAUUUACAAAGGACGAAUGAUAUAUUGAAACAUCUGAAUAUAAAUUCCUAA